AUGCUUAACAUUGACUAUCUCAUCUGCCUUUCCUGCUAUCAACGGGCGGAGUUCUUGGAUAAAUACCAGCUUCUUCUUGCAAAGCUCCGGCACUGUCCUGUCCAUCUCACCACAAUCCACCAUGCCUUCUCUCGUGCUAGAAUCAAUGUAAAGUGCAUCCAACAAAUGGCUUUGGAGCAGAAUCUGGUGUUAGAGGGGGAUUUCUUGGCCUGUGUCACACACUAUUCUGCAGAUCACCUUGUAGCUGUGGAUGAGUGUCAUAGUUCAACCACUUUUUCAUCUUAUCAUCAACAAUCUUAUCUUAUCUUGACACAGGUUAUCUUAUCAUGGAUCAUGGCAUCACACAGUCUAGGUUAG